AUGGACAACGUGACGGUCGGGAGGUCCAACUCCAGUUGCUUGGUGGACAACAGCGCGAGUGUCCUGGUGCCGGUCAUCUACGCCGCCACCUUCCUUGUCAGCUUGCCCGGCAACUGCCUGUCCAUCUACGUGGCCGCACUGCAAGUGAAGAGAGGCAACGAGAUCGGCGUCUACUUGAUCAACCUGAGCUCCGUCGACAUCAUCUACACCCUCACCUUGCCCUACUGGUUCUGCCAUCACUUCACCACCGCCAUCGGCAACGUGUCCGUGCACAACGCGGUGGUGGUGGUGUCCUCCAGCACCAUGUUCAUGAGCCCUGCCUUCCUGUGCUGCAUUGCGGCGGACCGCCACCUCGCCAUCGUCCACCCUCUCCGGUUCCACCGGCUGAGGACCCUGUGGGCAGCCGCGGCGAUGAGCGCGAUGUGCUGGCUGCUCCAGCUGUCCCUCCACGCCCUCCUCCUCCACCGGCAGGGCCUCCUCUCCUCUGACUUCGCCUCCAGGCCACUCUGGGAGGACCUUCCCCUGGAGGCCACCACGGCCGAGGUGUACCUGAUACGUUUCCUCCUCAGCUUCUGCCUCCCCUUCUCCCUCUUCAUCUUCUGCUCCCAGAGGAUCUACAGGGCGGUGGCCAGGAGCAGCAGCGUGGAAGACGGAGAGAAGAGGAAGAUCGCCAAGUUGCUGCUCUUGCUCCUCCUGGUCUACGCCGUCAGCUUCGGGCCUUACCAGUUAACCGCCCUUGCUCGCGGCGUGGCCGAGCCGGGCAAUUGCCCCUUCGCCCAGCUCGCCAUCACCCCCUACAACGUCUUCUUCGCCUGGACUGGAGUCAACUGCGCGGCCGACCCCAUCGUCUACUGCUGGCUCUCCGACACGGCACAACAGGACAUUGUCCACUUGACCACCGCCCUUAAACACAAACUGCCGCGGCUCUGUAGGCGGCCGGAACACCACCGUGCCGACCGGACCCCCAAACAGAUCUCAGACCUUCCCCUCUGA